AUGGAUGGAGAUGAAGGUUUGUCGGGUGGGAGAGGCAACAAUGCCGACAUCGACGCAGAGCCAGACCAGCACGAGGUGUCGACUUCGCCGCUCCGAGCUCACAUACAUCAAAGGAUGUCCAGCUGGGUAUCUGCACAAUGUGGUGGAGGGCUCAGCCUUUUCUUCCUGAUGCAAAUGCUCGUCGCAAUUCUUUGCGCAUCAAUGUUCAAUGGUUGGGCCUUGAACACAGACUUUGCUGAUUUUCUUCGGGCCAGCACCGAUACAUCCUUGCGCUUUGAUGCUGUGACGCAAGCAUGGGCUCAGAAUAGUGGAGGCCGAAGGCUUCAGGAGAAAAGCUGGAGGCACAAUGUCUUCAACAUCGUCUACUACAAAGAAAAUGGGAAUUUGCUGGAGGAAGAGAACCUUUUGGCCAUCCGAGACUUCGAGCACUGGCUCCAGGCCAGCGAGGCAUGGACGGCCGCCUGCGGCAUGGCGGUCAUCCGCGAGGAGAACUUUUCGGCGCCGGCCCAAUACAGCUGUUCACCAGGAGAAUCCUUCGUGAACUUCGUAUGGCCGAGAUAUGGUGCCAAUGGCACUGACUUGGAUGGAGUCUCCGUGGGCCCGGGCGAGCAGCAACGCCUCUACUUGGACGGCAGCGGCCCGCGGCGCUUCUCGGUCGAAGUGGCGAUCGCGUCCUUUUGGGACGUCCCCAUGAAGCACCAAAGGCCUGGGUGCUGGGUGCGGAGGACUUCGUUCCUCCUGAGGGAGGAGCCAAAGCCAGCACUGAUACCCUGCGGUCGUUCUUCCUGUUCACCCAAAGCAUUGGUGCCGAUGGGUACUACCGCAGCUUCGGCGCGGCGAAUGAUGCAAAGCAGCAGUUCUUUGGAGGGGACUUGCACGGCCUUCUCAACACCUACCAGCCACAGCUCCAGGAGCUCGGAAUCCGGGUGUUCUACACGUCAGGGCAACUGGAUCAAGCUGAUCUCUUCAGCGCCUUGUUGUCCGACAUCCUGCUCUCCCUCCUAG